CUGAGCGGGGGAGAGCGUCAGCGGGUUGCCCUUGCUCGUGUGCUCCUGCGCGCAUCGCCGAUCCUGUUGUUGGACGAGGCGACUUCCGCGCUUGACACGACGACAGAAGUGCAUGUGCAGGAGGCUCUCCAAGACGCCUGCAAGGGCAGGACGACAAUUUUCAUCUCCCAUCGGUUGAACGCGGUCUCAGACGCCGACCGCAUCGUCGUAUUGUCGGACGGGAGCGUCUGCGAGGAAGGAACACACGAGGAGCUUAUCGAAAAG